GUACGCCCAGAGCACGACGUGGCCAUGUCGCGGCCGGACCUGCUCCAGCCGCCAGAGCUGCACGUCGUCCGUCCCACGCCCUCGCCGACGCCCUCGCCGCGCGCCUCGCCGGUGCCCGGCUACCGCCCGCCGUCGAGCGGCCGCAGCGCCGCGAGCAGCCGUCGCUCCACCGUCUCGUCGCAGGUCCCGCUGCUGGCCGACGACUGCCUCAAGCCGCCCGCCAACUCGCCGUACCCGAACAGCAGCGCGUCACCCGUCUCGCCGGCGGGCACGUACGGCGCCUCCGCGGGCGCCUCGCCCGUGUCCUUUAUCCAGUUGACCCCCGACCCGUGCCCGAGCCUGGGCCUGCCCGGCUUCGCCGUCGUCGACGACGCCGGCAGCUUCUACGGCCAUGAUGUUGCCGCCUCGCACCCGUUCCCGCCGUACGUCGACGUCAAGUAUGACAUCGGCGACAGCUUCGACUUCGCCCUGCCCGGGUACUGCGACAUACCGCCGCCGCACCCCGCGUGGAAGACGGGCCCCUGGACCCCCGAUGCGGAAUGCUCAUCCUCGCCAGACGACGUGAAGCCGCUCCGGGUCGACCGUCCCCCGCGAAUGCGCGCCGUGCGGCGACGUUACAAGGCCUUGAGCAGCCCCAGCGUCGACGCACCCUCGUCCUCCGGCUCGACCAUGUCGUCCGUGGAGACGGACCACAGCGCCACCGUCACGUCCGUGAGAGAAAUGUCACGCUGCGCGAGCCCGCUGUCCAUCGACGACAAGAGGAUGGCGGCCCCGGACGAUGCCCUCAUGUGCCUUGGCCCGCAGUGCCUCCGGUCCUUUGCGUCCCAGACCGACCUCACGGAGCAUGUCAGGGAGAAGCACGUCCACGACUGCUACUGGCAGGGCUGCCGCACCCCGAGCCAUGCCUCUCGCGACGCCCUGGCCUGGCACGUCAAGGAGCAGCACCUGCUCGUUUGUCCUGUGCCGGGCUGCGCCGAGGCCGAGUUUGGCGACGUUCGCAUGGUGCGGUCGCACGUCGUCGUGGCGCAUCCACGAUCCGGCAAGGGCGACGUCAGAGACUGGCAGCUCCCGAAGCCAAACCAGAACCCCGCCGAAGCCAUGGCCCGAUCCGCGUCCGAUGGGAGCAACAAGUCGACGACACCUCUCCCCGGCCCGAAAGAGGUGGCCCUCAAGGACGAACUGCGGGCCGUCGCCCUCGCCAAGCGCAAGUGUCACGACCAGCUCCGCUACAUCGUUGAGAAAAAGCUCAAGAGGAGCCACGCGGGGACGCCUCGAAACGCCGACUCGCCAACCGACAUGGUCCGCGCCCGCGCAUCCAGAAUCAUUGACAAUGCGUCGUUCCCGCUCGUCUUUGAGCAUGCAAUCCUGCCGUUCCUCGCCGAGUUUCUGCCCAGAUGGACUGGUCCGCGGCACGUUGUGAGUGUGGCCAGGGGCCGUAAGGCGCAUACCAGGCGCCUGUGCAUCAUGACGCCCGGCAAACUCUCACGCGCUCGCAAGUACAUCAUCGCCGCCCACGUCUUCGACCUGCUGCCCGAACAGUUCAAGUACCACGUGUCGUACGUCUUUACCGUCGGCAAGAUUGUCCGCUCCAGGAGGUGGCCCAGGGGCCUCGCGCCGACUCACAGGGACGACGUGUGCUCGCCCAAGAACCCCUUCCACUUCGCCCAUCCGUGCAUGGGCGACAGCAUCGGCAUACGCGGGAGCGGCGACGUCCUCGACAGCACGGCGACUCUCGGGCCCUGCAUCCACUUUGGCGAAGCGUACUUUUGGCUGGCCAACUUUCAUCCGUUUAUGGAGGCGUACCACGACUUUGUCGAUGUCGUGGUCCAACACCCGUCUCCCGAGGACCGGGCCCUGUGCACCAGGGAGAGCCACGAUGCCCUGGACGCCGUCGGCGAUUUCUCGCUCGGCCGCAUCCGCGCCACGUCGGGCAUCGACCUCAAGACGACACGCGUCUCGCACGACCCGUACUGGGACGACUGUCUGGUGGACCGCCCCCUCGUCAUGACGGACUGGGCCUUGAUCUCGGCCGCCAAGCCACCCCGCGGGGCCAACAUGCUGCGUCACUUCCCCUCGGACACGCAGCCGUCUGCGCAGGAGCCGCUGGUCAACGCGACGUCGGCAGACGGCGGGCCGGGGGGCGUCGUCCCCGGCAGCGUGGUCGUCUCCAGCGGCCGGACGUCUGGCUACCAGCACGGCUUGAUAGGUGAAUGUCCGGCGUACGUCAGCCCCGAGUACUACGGCACGGGCAAGCUCACGCGAGAGUGGUACAUCGAGGAGCCGUCCGGAGACAACGAGGACGAGUGGAUCCGCUCCGGCAUUGGCGUCGAGGGCGACAGCGGGGGCGUCAUCGUCGACGCUGACACCAACAGCCUCGUCGGUCAGCUCUGGGGCCGGAACGAGUAUUGGGGCAAGGGCCCGCGUCAUACGUAUUUCACGCCGAUGGCGGACAUCUUCGACGACGUCCAGGAAAAGUGUGGGCUGGGCAGCCGGCCGCAGCUCCCGCGGCACCUCGACGAGGCCGACCGGUACGCCGUGUACCCCUCGUGCCGACAGUGCUACGACCUGCGGGCGUACCUGGACACGCGCAGGAGCUCGAGGGCCUCGUUCCAGAGCGUGGUCAUGUGCGUGGCCGAGGGGGAUGCGGAUCUGACGUCUGUUGAGGCCGAGGAGCUAGCUACGCCGCGCGAGUACCGCGGCACCGGCGUCGAGGAGAUCGGGGCAUCGUUCCGCAACAUCGCGUCCAUCAUGUCCCCGCCCGAGGCGCGCCCCGGGCCGAGCACCCCCUUCAUCGCCAGCGACAUCAGGAGCCCAUACCCCCAGUCCAUAGACCUCGAGGAUGGCUUGGACGUCGGCGCGGGCGACUCCAAGAAACGCUCCGGCCCCAUGCCGGGCCCCUUUCCGCCUACCGUAGCAGCAGGGGCAGAUUCCUCGAAACGGCGCAAGACGGGGUGACCGCGGCUCGCUCCUCAGCCAGGGAACCCGCCGCGGGCCAUCUUCUUGGCUCGGGCAUCCCUGCGGUUGUGGUUGGCCCGCGCUCCCUUGUGUGCCUCCUUGUUCCUCCUCGCUGCCUCCGUCUCCCGCUCGCCGGUGGGGCCCGCGACGCUCCCUCCUCUGCCCCCGCCACGGCCACGGCCACGGCCCCGACCGCCGCCCCGC